AUGGUAGUCCAUGCCCGUCGUAAGAGGCGACCAAAAUGGACAUAUGGAAGGCAACGGGAAACCACCAUAUUAAUAUUCCAAGUAACAGCAAUCAACAUGACAGCUUCUCAAGUAAAAUAUUCCGGAGGUAAAAUAGUCCCCCAUUCGGAUCUCCGGGUGGGGACUACGAGAGGAGAAAGAAAUGUUAAAGAAUAUAAGGAAUACAAAUUCAUAGCAACUUGGAACGUAAGAACGUUAUUACAGUGUGGAAAGUUGGAAAACCUGAAAAUGGAAAUGAACAAGAUGAAAAUUGAUAUCCUUGGAAUAUCAGAAAUAAGAUGGCCGAACCCAGGAGAUUUCUGGAGCGGAGACUACAGAAUAAUACAUACGGGAACAGCAGAGAAGAGACCAGAUAUAGGAGGAGUAGGGCUGAUAGUGAAUAAAACCCUAGGUGAAAAAGUUAAAGGCUACAUACAAUACAAUGAGAGAAUCAUACUAGUCAGAUUUCAGACAAAACUAAAGGACACAAUUGUAGCUCAGGUGUAUAUGCCAACAACAAAUAGUAGCGAUGAAGAGUUAGAAGAAGUAUAUGAAAAUGUAGACAAAUUAAUAGAAAGUAUCAAAGGGGAGGAAAAUCUGAUAGUAAUGGGUGAUUGGAAUGCCAUUGUUGGGGAAUAA